GGCGCAUGCUUAUUGUGGCUGUGGCAGAUGUAAUUUUUAAUAAAUUGUAGAGUUCUACUUUUAGGAAUUAUUAUUAAUAUUUUAAAAAAAUUUGUUUAAUUCAAUACAUUAUAAAACAAAGACUGAGAAAGAUGCCUGUAAGACGAGCCCUACAUGCAGGAAGUUGGUACACCGACUCUGGGGCUGAAUUAUCCAGACAAUUGGACUAUUGGUUAAAUCAGGCUGAUUUGAGCCAUGGCCCAGCCAGAGCAAUUAUUGCUCCGCAUGCCGGUUACCAGUACUGCGGUGCAUGUGGGGGUCACGCUUACAGACAAAUAAGCCCAGUUGUAGUACGGAGAAUAUUUAUUUUGGGGCCCUCCCAUCAUGUUCGCCUAUCAGGUUGUGCCUUGUCAAGUGCGCAAAAGUAUAAAACACCAAUAUAUGACCUCCAUGUAGACUCACAAAUUAAUAGUGAAUUAGAAAUGACGGGUCAGUUUGAGUGGAUGGAUUUAGAUACUGAUGAAAAUGAGCAUAGUAUUGAAAUGCACCUACCUUACAUAGCUAAAGUAAUGGAAAACUACAAAAAUCAAUUCACAAUUGUUCCUAUUCUCGUCGGUUCUCUCAGUCAUGAGAAAGAAGCUUGCUACGGUAGAAUUUUGUCCAAUUACCUAGCGGAUCCUAAGAAUCUUUUUAUUAUAUCAUCAGAUUUUUGUCACUGGGGACACAGAUUUAGGUAUACCUAUUAUGACCGGUCUUAUGGUAAUAUUUAUCAAUCAAUUGAAGGACUGGAUAGAGUAGGUAUGAGUAUAAUUGAAAACUUAAAUCCAACGGAAUUUACUAAUUAUUUAAAAAAAUACGGUAACACCAUUUGCGGCCGACACCCUAUAGGAAUACUUUUACAGGCAAUACAAGAAUUACUCAGGAACGAUAGUAGUCAACGUGCUAGUUUGAAAUUUUUGAAAUAUGCGCAGUCAAGCCAAUGUCGCAAUAUGAACGAUUCUUCCGUAAGUUACGCAUCGGCAGCCCUAGUGAUAGAUUAGUACAAGUGUGGCCUUAUACGAACUGUUUUAAAAUUUUCAUCAUGAAAUUAAUUAUUAAUUUUUAGUUAAUUGAUUUAAACAAUUAUUACAUAUUUUAUAGUUAUGUUGUUGCCAUUAGCAAUACUACUUUAGUGAAAUUUAUUAAUUUAUAGAAGAUAAUCACAGCAGCUUUUUCUACUAAUGUUAUGCAUGGAUAUUAUAAAAAUGACAGUGCUCUUUCGUUAGAAGAUGUCAAGUCGGAAAGGUACUUUAGGUCUUAUCUGAGUACUAUGUGGUCCUAAAUUAUCAUCCAUUCGACAUCCCUAAUUUAAUUUAUGAUAUUACUAUGUUCUGGGUCAAAGUAUUACUUUGCUUAGGUUUUGUAAUUCUCACAUACGUCUCCAUACCUACUUAAGCCAUACCUCCAUACCAUACCAAGGUACUUUACUUCACUUACUCAAUUUAAUUUAGUUUAAUUUCAUAAUUAUGGACUUCUGGGACCAUUCUCUAACUGAAGUCUCUUAACUGUGCCCUUAAAUUGGCUGCAUUAUUUCCUUUGUGGAGCGAAGGUUCCUAUAGUAGGGUUAAAUUGAAGCCUUGUUAAGUCUUUUGCACAUCACGGUCGAUCCAUUCUUGGCAGGCUGCAGAAUUCAUCGUUGGCAGGCCUGCAAUAUUUCCUGCGGAGCAAAGGUUCCUAUAGUAGGGCCAAAUUGAAGCAUUGUCAAAUCUUUUGCACAUCACAGCCGAUCCGUUCUUGGCAGGUUGCAGGACAUUUAUGUUACCAACUGUUUCUGUGAAGACCAUUUGUCCUCUAAGAUCUCUACUCCCUACCGUGACGAUGGUAGCCUGUCAAAUAGCUUCCUCUGUCUUUUUGAUAGGAUUGUCUUCGAUACGGAUCUUAUCUGAAAAGACUUUAGGUCUUCUUGCAUUUUGAUCUAAAGGCUGUAUGACACUAUACAUUUUCUUGUAUCAUUUCUAAUAUCGUUUCUGAUAUGUCAAAAAAAUGCAUAGUGUCAUACACAGAUACAAGAAACGAUACAAGAAUUUGAGUCAGACACAGAUUCUUGUACAAGAAUUGCGCCAAUUUCUGCGCAAAGAGCAAAAACGUAAAACCUGCUGGUAAAACAUCUAAAAUGUCAUAAUUACUUACUCAUAAUGGCGGCUGAAAUGAAAAUGGGAUCAUGUAUUGAUGAAUUUAUUUGUGUUUUUGUAGGUAUUAUUUAUAAAUCUUAUAUUGAUACUUAAUAUACCGUUUGGUAUGGACUACUGUUCUACUAAUAACCAAAUAACCAUAUAUUUAGCUCCUAGUAAAGUUCAAACUAUAAAUUUAGGUUUCAUGGUGCAUAAUUUUUUACAAAAUACAAUAGCUACUAAUUUGAAUCAAAUUGAAGAUAAUUGUAAUGCAAAUAUUUUAGCACAAAUAUCAAAACAAAAUAAAAACACAAAUAAUCAACCUCAAACAGUCAAUGUAAAAUUCUGGUUAACAUUAAAAAUGUUAAUUAAAAGUUUAUAAAUUUUAUAAAGUCCUUAAAAUCAACUGUAGAUGUAGAUGCAGUACUACCAUAACGUGACACGGGGUGACAAACAAAAUAUCGACCAAUCACGUGCCGAAUUUCAUACAAUUUUCGAUACAAUAACUUGCAUAGUGUCAUACAGGGCACAAAUGUACGUACAAGAAAUGAUACAAGAAAAUGUAUACAAGAAACGAUAUCAGAAACGAUAUUAGAAAUGAUACAAGAAAAUGCAUAGUGUCAUACAGCCUUAAGCUAGGACUCAAUGCCAUCGAAUCGAGCCUUUUGUUUUUAUCUCCAAUACUGGUAUUGUCUUUGAGCUUUGCACUCCGGGUGCCUCUAUUCCAUUGGUUUCCUUGAUUCGAAUCCCAGAAGCAUUGGCUGUUGCGCAUUGUACUCCUGAGGUUCUGGCCUCGACUAUCAAAGUGUGGGUGCAUAUAUAGCUUUUUAAUUUUCUCGAAGGGCAUCUAUAGAGAAACCAGGCCUGCCCUUUUACAAAGGAGUCUUACCACAAACAGUUCAUAAGCUUAAUCGGAUCACUAACCCUUAAUCUGUUUAGAUAUGCCGCAUUCCUAGCAUAGGUACAUUUUCGUUGACAAUAAAGUCUGUAGACUUGCGCCUUCCGGGAUUUUAUACCAGAAACCACGUUCAUAAGUAUUUAUGCUAUCCACGCAUGUGAUUGUGCCAGUCCUAUUUGUGGGUUUUCUUGACCUUCUUUGCCGGUAUUCCGUUGUGACGUAAUGGAGCUUUUCAGUACCUUAAGCAUUGUGUGAUCUAUUUGGUUACUGGUAAAACUUUUACCCCCGUGAGUCAUUUAUAACUCCCUGGGUUUCUUCCUAAUGCCAUUAAUUGGCUUGCUGUUAUCCGACCUUGAACGUUUCUUACUGGGUUUCUGCGUGAUUAUCUCUAACUUUUGCUUUUUCUUGUUUAUCUUCCGGUAAUUUAGAACUCUGUUGAAAUUUGACUUAUUCACAAUUCACAUAGAGUUUGACUUGCUUGAAGUUUUGACCUUUUUCAACGAGAAAUCUUACCCUUUUUACAAGAGGCACCUUAGCAUGUAUGAUCUGUCGUUAAGUCUACCUUCUCAACAUUGGAGAUUGUUUCCCCAGCCUGUCAGCCUCGGUAUAAAUGCCCUUGGGGUCUUCUGUAGCUAGCUCAAUCGUAAUGUUAAUAUUACUUUUUGUAAGAACAUCAGUUUAUGUCCACGAUCUGUAAGGGAAAUCAAUGAUCUAUCUUAACAGAGCCCCAAGUCAAGCUAUAAUACAACCUGAUACCCGUUCUCGAUCUGAAGAGAUCAACAAGUGAGAAGUUAUUGACCACUUCUACCGACGUGAAGGUCUUACAAGCCUCUCAGGAGUGAGUCACUGCAAGAAAAUUCACAUACAAAUAUUCAAAAAAAAUAAUAAAAGUAAGAGGAGAAAAGAUAUAAAAUAUGACGGGACAAUAGAAUUAAUUAAAUCCAUGAGCAGAGACAAAGAUGGUGUACCACCACAUAAAAGAUCAACUGGUACACCGGUGAUAUGAUGGUUGGAUGAAUAAAGACGAAAGUCGAUAAUAUAAAAUACAUGGGAAAGAAGGUAGAAGAGCAAAGAAUAAAGAAAAAUAGAAAGCACGUAAGCAUACCAGAGACUUUAGGAGAAAACGCAGAUUGAGUUGGUCCUUUAUAUAAAAAGAAAUUUUUAUUGAAACUUCAAACGAACUGUAGGUUGGAGGCGUAGAGCUAGAUUAAGUAAUUAAUGUUGAUCUCCCGUUCAUAGAUAUGUCAUAUUAGCUUUUUUUCACAAUUUUAUAGCUCCGGAAAUCUCAAUUGAUUUUUAACUCUUUUUAAGGGUCGUUUUCACGCUACGUCUUAUUGUACGUUUUGUGUGUCAUGCAAAACGUACGUUUUGUCAAGUGUAUAGGUACAUAUUAACGUUUUUCAAACAAUGUAUUCAAUCUUCGUGACAAAACAAUCGCGCGACUACAAAUCGCAAGUGGAGUCCGGCGCUUAUGCUUUUCCCAUCAUAUCUUCGAUCUGACCUUGGAUUUCAUUUCGAUUCAUUUCAUUUGUUAUUAUACACUUCACAAAACGUACGUUUUGUCGUACGUUUUGCAUGGCACACAAAACGUACCAUAAGACGUAGCGUGAAAAUGACGCUUUACACACAUAUCAUAUCUGUGAGAUCAGUAGAAUUUGUCAGAAUAAUCAUAUUUCAAAGGAUUCCUCUAUACUAAUAUUUAUUUCAUAUUAUUGAUUUAUUUAAUUCUUUAUUUUACAGGCAUAUUAUGCACCUCAUUUAAUUUUAACUAUUAUUUAUUGAUUAAUUUUAAACCACUACUGUAGAUACCAAUGGGUCGAUUAUUUCGUCCAUUUACCAUCAACGAUAGUAGCAGAGGCUGCUGUGAUACAAUAAGAACCAUGAACACUCACUUUAUUUUAAUUUUUUAAGCUUUUAUACAUAGAUGUAUAUAUUUAUAGAUGAAACUAUGCCUGAAGAAUAUUGAUCAUAGGUUUUAUUUUAUUAUAGCUAUUUUCCACGAAGAAUGGAUAUUAAUUUUUUUGUUGAUACAUAUUAUUUUUUAUUGAUCUUUCAUAAUUUACUUACAAGUUGUGUUAUUUUCUAUUAUGUUUUCAAUUUAUAAUUUUUAAAAACCGAUCUCAGUCAAAAUGUCAAAUAUAUUUUUUAAUUGUGAUUUAUUCCAAAAAAAUCUCAUUUGAUAAAACUGAGAUGCCUAACAACAGAUUUUAGGCAUUUUCUGUUUGUGAUUAUUUUGAUUUUUUUAUUAUUUUUAAUUUGGUCUUAACAAGCUUUCAAAGUAUAAUGGAUAUCCUCAAACAAGCCUUGCAAAAGAUAAUUAGAAAUUGUUGUAUUCAUUGUACCAUUUUCAUCUUAACCAAUCUAAAUUGCUCUGCAUUACAAUUUUUUUCAACGUAUGGUGAUUUGUUAAUUAAUGGUGUUCAUAUAGCCUUACUUGGCUUGUUUGCCCAUAUAGUUUUAUUUAUUGGGAUUUUCUAGAAUUACUUGCUAUUUUUUACUGGGUAUUUUGCUUCUAUGGAGUAAAUAAAAUCUUAUCAUCAAAUAUAGUCACAAAAAGAACGAAAAUAUUGAUAUACAGAACUCUUAUCAAGCCUGUCCUCACUACUCGUCAGAAACGUGGACGAUGACAAAAAGCGAUGAAGAACAUUUAGGCUGUUUUGAACAUAAAAUCCUCAGACAUAUUUAUAAAGCCGUACAGGAAAACGCAUUAUGGCGUAGGCGCUAUAAUUUUGAGCUUUACCGCCUUUAUGGUGAAUCUGGUAUUAGUCUUCUUAUUUAGGUACCAUGUCCGUAUUCAUACGUUGGCCGUCAUCAUGUUUACAAGUUCCUGAAAACUUUCUAUAUCGGCUGCUGUGGUUCCAUACCAUUGUCUAAUAUUACGCAACCAUGGGCCUGAUUCUAAUUCAUUUCGAGGUCACAAUUUCAUUUCGACCCCGCCAUGACAGUCGCAAUUUAUAGCGAUUCUUAUUCAUUUCGAUAUUAGUUCCAACUGGGGAUAUUAACGUUAUCAUUUUGACACUGCUCAGAAUUUGGGUUGGUCCUCCUGUUUAUUGGAUUUAUUGGCUAUGCAACCACCGCAACUUUUGUUGAUAGUCUGGGCAAAUUAUCGAAAAAAUGUCAUUUUUGGGAAAAGUUAUUUACCAGCUAUUUUAUUGUUAAAAUCGAAUCUUAAGAUUGUAUAUAUUAGUAAUAUGGGGUAUGAAAAGUCCGCAGAAAGUGUCUUAUUUUAUUUAUAAACAAAUUAGCACUCCUAAAUCUUAUAUUUUUCAAUUAGUGCUCUGUAACUCCUAAGAUUUUUGCUUUAAACCAAAAAUACUCUGAUAAAAAUUCACCGUAAUUUAGUUCUGCACAAAGUUAUUUUUUUCCGAUUUCCUGUAACAAAAAUUUUACUCGGAAAAUCCAAGUUUUCCCAAAAAAAUCUGCAAUUUUUAAUUAAAAUUUUAGGGAAGUAAUUAUUUAUCAAUAAUUAAAUAAAUUGGUGACAUGAAAGAUUUUUAUAGUAGAUUAUAUAUCAGGAGGCCGGUGACAAUCUAACCAAUAGUUUAGCAAUAAUUAAAAUGUUAAUUAAAAAAUUUCGGUCGAAAUAAUAACCAGAAAAAUUGUGAUCCACCAGAAUAACUAUGAUUUUCGUAUAAAAAAGCACUAUACCUAUUCAACGUACUUUACAGAAUUGAAAUUGGACUAUUUGAGCGGUCUCAGGAAUGUUAUAAAGAAACAGUUUCUUGGCUUAUAAACAAAUAGAACCCCUCAGAAAAUAUUAGAUUAAAUUAAAUUAAGUUAACUCUGUUGAAAAGGACACGGCUUCUGUGCCCUUUUCGACGAAAAAAAAUUGAAUUGCGAGGAGUGGUUCCAGGUAUAACCGGUCAAAUUUGACCGGCAUUUGCGACAGAGUUAUAAACAACAGGAUUUCAAUCUUUGAACCAUUACCUUUUUAUUCCGGUCCUCUUUGUACAUACAAAUUUUCAGAUCUUCAAGACACUCAUCACAAAAAAUAUUUAUGUCACCAAGUUAUUUAAUUAUUGAUAAAUAAUUACUUCUCUAAAAUUUUAGUUGAAAAUUAAAGAUUUUGUUUGGAAAACCCGAAUUUUCUGAGGAAAAUUGCCGCCGUAGGAAAUCGGAAAAAAAUAUCUAUGUGCAGAAUUAAAUUACAGUGAAUUUUUAUGUUAGUGUUUUUGGUUUAACGUUAAAAUUUUCUGAGUUACAGAGCAAUAAUUGAAAAAAAUAUUUCGGAGCGCUAAUUGUUUAUAAACCAAAUAGCACAAUUUGUGCGGACUUUGCAUAACUAUAUUACUAAUAUAUGAAAUCUUAAGUUUUGGUUUCAGCAUAUCCAGCAAUAAAAUAUAUAGUACAUAAUUUUUCUUGUUUUAUCCUAAUUUUCCCAGAUUAUUACCUUACAUUUUUCAUUUAGUUGAUAAUUCACAUUGUGGACAUUCUUAAUUAUUAUAUUUCUAAUUUAAUACUAUUCUACCUAAUUCCUCUAAAACCAGCAAAUUUCCAUAAAACCCAGCCAUAUUAAUACCUUUUGCUUUAGUUUUCCUUGCAAGAAGCAAACAAAACACAUCUCCUAAACUAAACCUAACCUUGCUUUCGGCCAUUCAUUCAUGUCUGUGUCACAAUAAUUUCGACUCGAAAUUAUAAUUGCGACCACUUUUGAGGAGUCGAAAUUAAUUGCGACCUAUCGAAAUUUAGUGACUUCCUUUAGUUAGUUCAACUGAACUCCACAAGGAUCACAUAGUCGCAUUUCAACGUUGAUUCAAAUUGAUUGCGACCUGUUUUGAGUCGAAAUUUGAAUUAGAAUCAGGGCCCAUGAACGUUUCUUUCGACUGAUCCAUCUCUUUCCCUUCACUUUUCCUUGUAUUAUAAGGCGAAGUAGAUGGUAUUUUCUCCUCUUCAUGAUGUUUAUGAGCAGACGUUCUGAAUUCAUCAUUUGAAUAACAUCUUCAUUGGAAGUGUGCGAAACCCACAAUAUCUUUAGAAUUCGUCGAUAGCACCACAAUUCGAAUGCUUCUAAUUUCUUUAUUAUUGUGGUUUUUAACGUCCAUGUCUCAUAACCAUACAAUAAGAUAGACCACACAUAAUAUUUCAGGACCUUCUUGUGAAUAUUCAUCGACAAUUUAUGAAAAAGAUUAUCAAAGCAUGUAUCAAAAUUUAACGAGCAUUGCACUGUCAAAGAUAACAUAAAAAGUCAUUGCAGUGUAUAUCAAAAAUUUCAGGUCUUCUUUGAUCUUCUACUGCUUACAGGAACCCGCAGAUUACCAAUUCUUCGUAUUGAGUGAUUAACGUCUCGACGUUGAACAUGAAGAAACCAUCUUAACAUAAAUAUGAUCUCUCAUUUUGGCAUUAAUUGGUGCCACACCUAGACUUCCCCUAAUAUACUCAUUUUUAAUUUUAUCCUCUUUUGUCUCUCCACUCAUUCGGUAGGUUGUCUGUCUCUCAUUCUGUGUACAAGUUCGUACCAAAUAAGCUUUUUUGCUGUAUUUCUUCUAUGAUGGUACGAUGGAAAAACAGCGAAUCCAGUCAACAUAAAUGGUAAAGAAGCUGAAAAGUUUAAAGUCAGUCAAGGGAUACGACAAGGAAAGCUACUGUCAUCAAUGAUGUUCAUGUUCAAUAUUAUUCUUAUGAAUAGUUUAUAAGAAACAGAAAUUUAUAAAACAGGACUCAUACCAUCGAAAACAUUAAUACCUGUCAUUUACUACAAAACAGUAAUUAAAAGCAUUAAUACAAGCCUAUAUCGCUGGUACCUAUGAUUAAUGUGAUACCUAAUACAUUUCCAGUGAAAAUAAUAACUCUUUGAUAAGUAUUGGCGAUUACAAUUUUUUUAUAUGCGUGUCCGCGAAGAUUAUAACUCCCAAAAAAAUUUUUAAUGAAAAGAUUUAGUUCAUAUAAGAUGCCGACGAAAACAAUUAUUUCUGAGAACGUUUUACUAAUUAUAAUUUUCGUGGACCCACAAACAGAAAUGAUGUUUUUUGCCGAUACUCCUCAAAAAAUAAAUUUUUUCGCUAACACUUUAUUGGGGAUUAUAAUUUUCACAAUCAUAUAAUCGUAAAUAAUAUUUUUCGCGGCGUUCAUUGAAAGUUCUACUCUUAACGGCAUUUUUCGGAGUUAUACUUUUCGUAGGCGGCGGCGAUAUAACCUAACUUAUAAUACUUAACCAUAGUAAUAGAAUAUAAAAACAGACAAAUUUGAAGAGGUGGAAAGAUUUUAAUAUCUCGAAACGACAUUUUCUAAGAGACAGUGAUACGGCUUUCUUCCCGGUCCUCUUUUACCAUUUACCUUCCCUUGGAGAAUCAGUUGGAGAAGGCCUAGAGUUUUAUAUUGAACGAAACAAAGAAAAUGAAUAAAUCAGAACAAAACACGGGUUAAGUGUGUAAAAGAAAAGGAUAAUUCACCAAGCCAUGUGCCAACUAGGCCUAAAGAGCUGAUUCUAAAAUUGAGAACUUAUGAAGAAAAUAGGAGAAAACAAGUGAUGGGCAAUAUGCAAUGCAUAUGUAUAUACACUCACUUUUUGUCUUUUCUUUUGAAGUGCGUUCAGUAAGUUUGAAGUAAUUACAUUAUUUCUAUUUAUAGCUUUCAUUUUCAUCACUAACGAAUAUAUCGUCGGCUUACUGCCAAAACCAACUAACUCCACUUUUUAAAGUUUUGAGGAAUCAACGUUUUAAACUUUAAUUUGAAAUGAAAAAUCGUUUGAAUUUAAAAAUGAUUGAAUGACUGAAAAAUGUUAAAGUAAAUAACAUUAUAAACGAAACAUUUUGUUAAAAAAUUAUUAAAAUGAAGUAAAAGUUAAAAAAAAGUACAAAAAACAUUUUUUUUCGGGACUUGUCGGGUUUUGGCUGUACAAAGUUAGUCAACUUCUAGGUAACUUUGAACAUCACUGUCCUCCAUAUCAGGCACUUAUCUUGUUUUGGCAGAACUAGAAUAUUGUAAAUGAUAAAAUACUAUUUUAUUUAUACAGAGAUGUGCAGACAACUGCACAUAUCUGUUUUUGGCUGAAUAAAAGUGUCAUCGUUGGAAUUAGUUGUUUUGAGACCCUUCUGUUUCCCACAUUUAAAAUCUGGUUUGAAGUGUCUGGUUUCAUCAGUACAUUCUUUGAUAAUUAUUAAGUACAAAGGCGUACUUUCAGAAUCGACAAAAAGUGGAGUUAGUUGGUUUUGGCAGUAAGCCGACGAUAUAAGCACACAAGUGCCACACUAUAUCUUUAUAUUUGAUGGAAUACUAUUGUUUACUUUAUACAAAAUAUUGUGUACAUAUUCUUCAGUAAUAGUAUACCUUUAUAUUGAAUUUAAGAAUGAUGCAGUUUUUGUUAAGUUUUACUAUGUUAAUCCAAUUUUUACCCCUCCAUGGCUAAAAUUAAUAAAAAUGCAGAAUGUCGAAUAUUUUUCAUAACUUAACGUAGGGUUGUAAGUUUUUUAACGUAUAGGGGUAAGAGUUGUUUAUUUAGGUGUCGGCGUGUAGAGAGGCCAAUAAUGUAGAAAACUUUUUUUUCACGAUUAUUGUUAUUUUUCGUAAGUUUAGUCCGCUUAAGAAAAUUUAUAGAAAAUACCUUAAAACUAUUACGGUUUUUUUAGAGUUGUAUAUUGUUACUAUGCCAGAACAAAGUGUCGAUGGAAGUCACAAAACAUUUGUUAUUGCAUAAUUAAUUUUUUUUUAUUUUCAAAUAUGUUACAGUUCUAGUGUACACAGUGGUGGAUCUAGACAUUUGCCUUGGAGGAAGGGGUUUCCAAUGACACACCAACCAAUAGACAUAAAAGAGCUAAGCACAUAAAUAACUUAUAUACAUUAAGAAGCCUUAAUGUUCCUAAUUAGCGGAUUUAUAGGGCUGCAUUUGUUUGUAAGUUUCAUGUCAGCUAUUGUAUUUUUGUUUCAACAAUUUUUUUCUUUAAUUUUGGACAUUGUUGGGGGGUGUAUGAUUUACACCCCCCUUAGAUCCGCCACUGAGUAUACAAUCGUAAAAUAAAUAUUUAUUCCCAUUUUUUACUUUUAUAAACUGAUAUUUAAAUAUUUUUAACAAUCAGAUUACAUUAAAUAUUAUGUUGA